UGUAAACAAUGACGCGCGUCAAAUCCCUCCCACAAUGCACCGCUUACGUCUACUGAGCAGCCAGGGAGGAGAACAACGGAGCGGCCACUUGAGCCCAUACGAACCCGGUGGAUAGGGUACAGUUAUAUAAAUGUAAAAGGGGAGUUCAGGACAAUAUUUAUUCAUUCAUAAGAUUACUAGAGAGUUUAGGACGGAUGCAGCGGUGAUAAUCACUCCUAGCGGCAGCUGGUGGCGGUGCUAUUUAGCAUCAGCUAGCCGGUUAGCUUGUUUUGACUGACGGGUGAAGCUGUGUGAAAAGCUGCUGGUAACAUCAGGCAACUGGCACCAACACGGACAGACAAAGAAAAGAAAAAUACUUAAAAGUUUAAAUUACAUCUGGUGUUAUCGAUAGGGACCGUUGUGUCGUACCAAACAGUUCGUUUGUUCAGACUAGCAAACUUAACUAGCUGUUGUUAAAGGAUCUCAGGCUGAUAUCUGUGAAUACUGGCUUUAGGUAGCUUUAGCUAACAGCUAGAAAAAUACAAUGAGCUCUGAAGAGACUGCAGCGUCAACUAAACCCACUCCGGAGGAUGAUGGCAUGACAUGGUGGUACCGAUGGCUCUGCAAAAUAGCUGGGGUUUUGGGAGGAGUAUCCUGUGCCAUCUCAGGAGUGUGGAACUGUGUCACUGUGAACCCUUUAAACAUUGCUGCUGGAGUAUGGAUGGUGUUGAACGCCUUCGUGCUGUUCCUAUGUGAAGUCCCAUUCUGUUGCCAGUUCAUAGAGUUUGCUAAUGCGGUAGCAGCCCGUGCAGACAAACUCAAACCUUGGCAGAAAGCCUUCUUCUACUGUGGGAUGGCCCUGUUUCCCAUAUUCUUGAGUUUCUCCUUUACAACCUUGUUUGGAAAUGCCAUCGCCUUUGCUACAGGAGUUCUGUACGGCCUUGCGUCUUUAGGCAAAAAGGGAGACGCAGUGACUUACGCCAGACUGCAGCAUCAGAAACAGGGGGAUGAAGAGAGAAUGACAGAAACGGCAAACGGGGCUCCAGAGUGAGGCAUCUGCCUUAUCACCCUCCUCUUCCUCUCUUUUCUUCGGUUCUUAUAGAUGAUUUUCCAUCCAUCCUCUCCAUCCAUGCAUAUUUCCUCUCUCCAAUUUCUGUCACUACAUAACACUGGUACUGGGUUUAUUUAUUUACUUAUACUACUGCAUUCUUGUUGUUCUGACCUAAUAGUAUCCAGAUUGACGUUGGAUUCAGUCCCUUAUUAUUUGGUACCUGAUGUGUAAAUGGGAUCUCUCAUUUUGACUCAAUACCUUUUAGAUUGUAAGUUUUGAUUUCAGGUUUUUAAUUCUUAUUAUGAGUUGUGUUUAUUAUUUGCUUCCCUUUGUUGCUGUUCUCAGUUGUAAACCCUAUUUUUGCAGGAACACACGUGAGGUUCAACCUUUACGCCCAGGAACCUUUCAGGAAAUGUGAAUAGACAUGACUGUGAUUGUAAAAUGUACAUAAUUGACUUCAGGUUACUCACUAUGAUGUUGAGGCUGUGAUUCAGAGCUGUCUGGUUUAGACAGUGCAGUGGGUAAAGAUAAGUUAAAUUAGACACUGGGUUCAGACUUGGGCUGCGCGUGUCAUCCUGUUCUUGGCAGCACACUGAAACAUUGAUAUCAGCUCUUUUGCGGCUCGAACCACAUUAUCAUCGCAAAGUUUUGGGCAGUGGGGUGUCCAAAGCCACUUGCAUGAACUCUCUGCAUUUAAUUUCUAAACCUCCUUUAAGCAGUGAAUGUAUAAACGCUUCAUGGAAGGGACCAUUUUUGCAUUGGAAGUUAACUACGGUAACAGUGAAAACUAGUCCUGCAGAAGUUGGAUUUCCAUUUAUCGUGGGUCUUAUAAAACUUAAGUCCAUAAAGAGUAAAAAUUACAUUUGAUGAGAAAUAAAGGCCUGUGUGUAUUUGUUUUAUUUUUUUAUUGCUUUAAAGAGGACUACAUUACCAAUUCUAUUGAAAGAGACUGCCUGAUUUAGACUGACAGUUGAUGAUACACGGGGCAACUUUUUGAGCAGUAUUGCUGGGCAAUGUUGCUGGUGUCAAGUCCGACUAUGUUUUGAAGGGGGAGGGUGGCGGAGUGUCGGGAGAAGGGGAUUACGGUAGUAAUCAUUACUCAUUACCAUUGACAGCAACAUUGCCCAGCACCAUUGCUCUAAAGGUUGCUCCGUGUAUCGUCAGCUUUACACUGCAGGUCUGUAAAUAACCCUAAGCGUCUUCUGUUAGUUGUGGGUAGGUGUGGCAGUUUGAUUUCAUAACCUUUGAAAGUUUUUGUAUUAUUUUGAGUCAACCAAACCUACGUAAAGUAUUGAGCAUCUCAAAAGAAAAGAAGAGGGAUUUUGGUAUCACAGUAUUACACCCACUGUGCACACAAAACUCUGAAUUGCAGCCUGAAUGCAUUUUUAAACAUCCAUAGGCAUUAGGGAUAUUUUUAACAUUGGGAAAUGUAUCAGGUAUACCCAAAGAUAAAGACAGUUUUUGUUUUUAUGCUUUCAUAUAUUCAUUUUUUUUUCCAGUUGGCUUAAGCUCAGCUCAGGCAGCCAUGCACAAAACAUUUGGUAGCAUGGAGUCUGCUAUAAAGGGAAUUUCAUUAAAAGCUUUCAGGGCAUGGGUGAGCUUAUUUAGGUAUGGUUCCUCAUGAUCAAGCAGCCAGUAGCCAAGUUGAUAUUGCAGAUUUUGUGGUACAUUAUAUAAUGAAAGGCCGUGUGAAAUGUGGUCUUUUUAAAACACAUACCGUUUGUUUGUUUGCUUCCGAAUCUGUUACUGAAUAUUUUCUGUAUUUAUUAUGAGUCUUAAUUAGUACACUCUACCAAAACCCAUUAAAAUUUAAUGAGGGGAAGUGUCUUGAUUCAGGGACUAAUUGGUCUGUAUCCCACACAAUCAUCACAGCCAUGGUUUGCCUUUGUCACUCAAAUGAGGUAUGCAGUGGUCAACAAUGUACGAUUUGUGUUUGUAUUGUUUUGUUGCCUUGUCGUGUCACCAGUAAUAUGAAUGCCUUGGGAUUAAUUGUUUACACAUACCUCUUACAGCUGUUUCUAUCUUAAAUCUGUAUUACUGGAUGUUCAGUGAUUGAGUGGAUUAUUCACAGUACCACCAGCUCUCAGGUAUCAUACUUCACAAUGCGCAGUGUACGGAUAUAAAGUAGUUUAUGCAUAGAUCAUAGAUAUAUGCUAACUAUUAUAAGCAUGACUAUGAAAAGAGCCAAUGGAAAAGCAAGUGAUUAAACAUUACAAAUAAACCAGCAGUAUGCUACAGCCUGACACUACACACUCUUACACUUUUAAUAAGAUAAAAAACAAACAAACACUGUUUUCCUUGUCCACAGGCAUUCAGCCACCCAUCCGUUUUUAUUUUCUUGCAUUAAAAGGCAUCCAAGACUCCUGUGAUUUGAUUGAUUUUGAUCUGCAGGUGCUGAGUGCAUAUUUUGCUGUAAGGGAUAUGUGUAUAAUGUGUGUUGUGAUGUGAAUCUUGAUCCCGAGAACAAUUAGUGAAUUAAACAAACUUGCUACUA